AGUUACUUCUCUGAAAAAUCCCACUCAAGGCGAUUUGUGAUCCGACGAUGCCGACUACCUUGCUGAAACUGGGUUGCUCGAGUCGCGGCAAUGCCAAGAGGAUAACGCCGGCUGGCUGAGAGCGGAACGCAUGUGUAACAUUAAGUAGACCUAUGGCCGCAAGUGGAAGUGCAACCCUAAAUAAACCCGUAAAAACAGGAAGAGAAAAAGAAGUCGCGUAUGCGAAAUGGUGUGCUCCCUUUCAGCAGAGGUGGUGAGAACCCCCAGUCGGAAAGAUUCCGAUUCCGUCGACAGCAUUAACAUUGAUCUCUCUCUUCAAUCCCUACCGUUUCGUUUUAUACAGGUACCUGUGAGGACCAAAAUGUUAGCAAAGCAUGGCCAAAGAAGGCGCGAAGUGGCGCGCAGCCAGGUUCGAUCGCGGGUGCACGAGGCAAAAGGCAAUAUCUCACCUCCCAAGAAUAGUCUCCCCGACUCCGAUAAGGCCAAGAAUACCGACACCAACACCAACGUGUUCCCAGUUGAGACGUCCGCGCUCGUACAGAUGCCACGCCUUAUAUCCAAGGAACCCGCUGAGACCGACCACACCCACCAGGUUCGUGAUGACAAGGGCGCCGGCACUCCCGUCGCUCAGGGCGGCGAACUGGCGCGUCAGCCAGUUGUCGGCCUGGCGGCCCUUCUCGACGGCCCUCUUCUUGGCCGCUCGGGCUUUGGCGCGGGCCUCUUCCUUUUCCUUCUCCCCCUCUUCCUCGCGGCGGAUGCGGUCUGCCUGGGUCUCGGUCUUGAUCUCCUGCUCCUUGUAGUCCGAGGGGACGGUGCGGACGGAGGGGGCGUCGACGUCUACCAGCGAGGACGUGGAGGUUUCGACGUCGGUUUGGAUGGAGGGAGGCACGGGGGCAGCAGCCUGAGGUACGAAAGAUGGGUUAGUUAACGUUGCGCGACGAAUGGUGCCAGUUGGGGAGGAGAGGAAACGGGAGGGAGGGGUGAAGGUUGGCGUACCUCUUCCGCGGUCUGCUUGGGACCCUUGGCGGCGACGUCGGCCCAAGAUUCGGACACUGCUGGCGCGUUAGAACCAGCUGAACGAUGGUCGAUAGGGUAGGAGGCGCACUCACUGGUAGGAUGGGAUGAUGUGGUCAAAGAAAAAGGCACGUGGAUGCUUUUCUUAGGUGGUAAGUCAAAGCUGUGCGACAGAUGGUACUUGGGAAGUCGACGCAAAGGUCAGAAGGAACGGAAGGAAUAUAGGCGGUGAUGUUUCUCUCAGCUAUUUAAGUGGUGGAGAGGGAGAAAAGGGAAAGGUUGUUAUUUGCUAGGCAAUGUUUUAAAGGUCGGGGUUUGGGGGGUUUG